GUCCCCUUCAAGCUCUCACCUCUGCCCCUGAGACAACCACCGUAUCAUGCCCCGAACAAGUGCUGUAACCAAAAUAUUUCUCAGUUACCUUCGGGAGCUUGAGCCCAACGCUGAAUACACCGUGCACCUGCCAACCAUCAAAUCCUCUUCAGGAAAAACGUAUUUUGCGAAGGUGGGAUCUCGCAGUGACAAGGACCAGUUCGUGGGAGAAGCAGAGUCACUCAAGGCCAUUAACAUCGCAGCCCCAGGAUUAGCACCCCAACUCUUGGCAUCUGGAGUGACAGAUAGAAAUGAAGAUGAUAUAUCGUCAGGCGAACCAUAUUUCCUCUCCGAAUACAGGGACUUCACACAUCUCACGGAUAAAGCAGGGGAGAUAUUGGGUAAGAGAAUGGCAACAGAGCUACAUGCGCACAAGAGCAAGAAUGGCUUCGGCUUCGAGGUACCGACCUAUUGCGGUGCGACAAGGCAAGAAAACGGCUGGUACGAAAGGUGGGAGGAGUGCUACAGUGCAAUGAUCGGCAAUCUUUUAUCGAAGUUGAAGGGUCAAGGCAGGUAUGCAGAUUUAUGUCAAAAAGGAGAUCAAGUGAGAGAGAGAGUAAUUCCAUACCUGCUCAAAUCACUGGUUAGAGUCGAGCCAGUUUUGUUACAUGGCGAUUUAUGGAGUGGCAAUACGGGUACAGACAGAUCAAAUGGCCAGCCUGUAAUAUUCGACCCUUCAUCAUACUACGGGCACAAUGAAGCAGAUCUUGCUAUAGCACGUAUAUUCGGAGGAAUACCAAAAAGUUUCUUUACUACCUAUCAUUCUCACUUACCCAAAUCAGAGCCGGUGGAUCAGUAUGAACUGAGGGCAGACUUGUAUGAAUUGUACCACUAUUUGAAUCAUACGGUUCUAUUCGGGAGUUCUUACGCUGGAAGCGCGCAUCAAAAGAUGGAUAGAUUGCUGAGAGAAUGCCCAGAGAGCAGAAUAGAAUAGAAGUUUUUCUGAUACAUUUGUAUGUCCAGUGUCCGAGAAAUUCAAUGUGUGUGUUCACAGAG